UGUUGGGAGCUUUAGACCCUACUAAUAUAUUCACAGCUUAUUCUUGCAAAUUUUCACCACUAAUUAUAUUUCCAAAAAGGCCCAUUAGAAUUAGAAAAAUUGCAGAAAAAAAAAAACAAUCCUAAUGUUGAAACGAGCCCUAGGGACUUGUUGUUCUUCUUCCACAAGCUACAUCGAUCGUCAUAUUAGUGUGAUUCUCUGCGAUCAUAGCUUGAGCUUAGAGUCUCUGCGUAAACUCAACGCUCUUAUCAUCACCGGAGGAUACUCGGAUAAUAUCUUCGUCGCGUCGAAGCUAAUCUCAUCUUACGCUUCUCACGGUAAACCCAAUUUGUCUUCCAGAGUCUUCGAUUUGGUUUCUAGUGGGAGAAGAGAUGUGUUUCUUUGGAAUUCUAUCAUCAAAGCACAUUUCUCCAAUAAGUAUUAUACUCGAUCCUUGGGUUUCUUCAUCUCUAUGCUCUCUUCGUCUGGCCCUCCUGAUCAUUUCACUGCUCCCAUGGUUGUUUCUGCUUCUGCGGAGCUUCUUUGGUUUGAUGUUGGGAGUUUCCUUCAUGGGUUGUUUCUCAAACUUGGAUUUUUUCACCUUGUGGGAGCCUCCUUUGUUUAUUUCUAUUCAAAGUGUGGGUUUUUAGAUGAUGCGUGUAACGUGUUCGACGAAAUGCCUGAGAGAGAUGUCGUUGCUUGGACUGCGAUUAUAUCUGGCCAUGUUCAGAACGGAGAGAGCGAGCGAGGUUUGUGUUAUCUUUGCAAGAUGCUUAGUGUCGGUUCUGAUGAUCAUGAGAAGCCCAAUCCCAGAACAUUUGAAUGUGGGUUCCAAGCUUGUGUGAAUUUGGGAGCUUUAAAGGAAGGGAGGUGUCUACAUGGGUUCACGGUGAAGAAUGGUUUAGCUUCUUCUUCUAAAACUGUCAAGUCUUCGAUUUUUUCAUUCUACUCGAAAUCUGGUGGGGUUCCAGCUGAGGCUUAUCUUUCUUUCCGAGAACUUGGUGGGGAUGAUGAAGAUAUCUUUUCAUGGACUUCGGUUAUUGCUUCACUGGGGAGAUCAGGUAACAACAUUAAGCAAAGUUUUGAAAUGUUCUGGGAAAUGCAGAACACGGGAAUACACCCGGAUGGUGUUGUCCUUAGUUGUUUGAUUAACGAGCUAGGUAAGAUGAUGCUUGUAGCUCAAGGUAAAGCCUUUCACGGGUUCGUCAUCAGGCGUUGUUUUUCUUUUGACGGUACAGUUUGCAAUUCGUUGUUGUCCAUGUACUGCAGAUUCGAGCUUCUGUCAGCGGCUGAGAAGGUUUUCUGUAGGAUACCUCAAGGAGGAGGGAACAAAGAAGCUUGGAAUACAAUGCUUAAAGGCUAUGCCUCUGUCAUAUCAACAUGUUCCCACAUGGGAGCGGUGCUACUAGGGAAGUCGUUGCAUUGCUAUGCUGUCAAAACUAGCUUGGAUCUUACUAUUUCAGUGGUCAAUUCCCUCAUUGAUUUGUAUGGAAAGAUGGGAGACUUGACUGUUGCUUGGAGGAUGUUUUGUGAAGCAGAUACCGACAUUGUCACUUGGAACGCAAUGAUUGCGUCUUAUGUUCAUUGUGAGCAACCCGACAAAGCCAUUGCGUUGUUCGAUAGAAUGAUUUCUGAGAAUGUCAAACCCAGCUCAGUAACUUUGGUGACUCUGCUUAUGGCUUGUGCCAAUACUGGAUCUCUGGAGAGAGGGCAAGUGAUUCAUCGGUACAUCACUGAAACAGAGCACGAGAUGAAUCUUUCUCUUUCAACUGCUCUGAUUGACAUGUACGCUAAAUGUGGCCACCUUGAAAAGUCACGAGAAUUGUUUGAUGCUGCAAAUCAGAAGGAUGCAGUUUGUUGGAAUGUGAUGAUCUCAGGUUAUGGAAUGCACGGACAGGUUGAAUCGGCCAUAGAACUCUUUGAACAAAUGGAAGAGUCUGAUGUUAAACCAACCGGACCUACAUUUCUUGCCCUUCUAUCAGCUUGCACGCACGCUGGUUUAGUUGAAAAAGGCAGAAAUCUACUUCUCAAGAUGCAUCAGUACGAUGUGAAACCAAACUUAAAGCAUUACUCUUGCCUCGUGGAUCUUCUUUCCCGGUCUGGUAAUUUGCAGGAAGCUGAAACCACAGUCAUGUCUAUGCCAUUCUCCCCAGACGGGGUCAUAUGGGGAACAUUGUUGAGCUCAUGCAUGACUUAUGGGGAGUUUGAGAUGGGAGUUCGAAUGGCAGAACGCGCGGUUGCUAGUGAUCCGCAGAACGAUGGUUAUUAUAUAAUGCUAGCAAACAUGUACAGUGCUGCGGGUAAGUGGGAACAAGCAGAACGAGCACGAGAGAUGAUGAGGGAAAGCGGAGUUGGGAAGAGAGCUGGACAUAGUGUAGUCUAAUAGUACAAUCUUUGAUUUUUUUCUAAUUGGAUAAUAAGCGUAACGUAUCCCAACCAUGGUAAUAAAAUCACAUUUAGCUCUGUAA